AGGGAAAUCAGAUUAAGAGGCGGAGGAGCGAACUCGGGUCGGAUCGAGAUGAGAUAUAACGACAGCUUCUGGGCAGUAUGCAUUGAUGGAUUCGAUAUCAAAAUGGCUGACGUCGUCUGUAGACAACUUGGGUUUCGACACGGUGCUCUUAGGAUUGGCCAAGUAGAUGGUGUCAGCCUCGCAACACUGGACACUUCGCUUGAUACUAUUCUCUUUAGCGCCAGCUGCGUUGGUAAUGAGAACAACUUCGACGAGUGCGUUGAUGUCACGUGGUCCGAGUUGAAAUGCUCUUUGGAUAGACAGGUCUCCAUGUUCUGCGCACUUCCUUACUACGAAGGUUGCUACGAAAGCUCAACUCCUGUAGGGAUAGCGGACGAUUCCCAAACGCUCCAAGGCCUUGUUGGACUCUGCAGAAUCUUCAGAUAUGACUACGCCGGCUCUUCUAAGACGGUCGGGGACAGUCACCGUUGUGGAAAUAGUUUGUCCGAAUUCGGUACCCUUGUAGAUGAUUCGUUCUGUGCUGAAUUGUGUGGAAACGAUCCUUACCAGUUGUGUGGGGGAAUAGGAGCCUAUCGCGCCGUUUACUCGACUCUUCUCGGGUCUACUGGUUACACGUUGACCAAUACCAGCGGUUCAAUCACGUCAUAUAAUUACCCAGGCAAGUACGCCGCCGACGACCACCAAGUAUGGGAGGUCACCUUCGGUUCCAGGCACCGCGUUCAGAUUACCUUUCCCGCCUUUAACAUCAAUGUUGAUGACGUCAUCACCAUCUCUGCAGGGGGUAAGAAUGAGACAUUCAAUUCAGGGAGAACGUGGAUAUCCGACCCGAUCUCGUCAUUCGUGGUUCGGUUUGAAAGCAGAUCUUCAGGAACCGGGUUUAUUAUGAAUUACGAAGUUUACAUUCCAAACAUGACUACUGCUAAAGUGCCAGUACCUUCAACACAGCAAGUUACAACGUCAACGCGAAAUGCAACAGCGAUGACGUCAAACCAAGCAAUGAGUACUGCCUAUUUAGCAAUGACUGAUUCUGCAACUGCAGUUCCGCCACAAGUUCCACCGGCAGAAACGACAACGAGCCAUCGGACAACAACCAGUGAUGAAAAAUCAACCCCAGAUGUUAGAAUAGUAAAUGGACUCACACCUAGAGAAGGAAGAGUGGAAAUUCGUUUAUAUGGAGUUUGGGGCACGAUUUGUGAUGAAAACCUAAGCUUCAACGACGCCAUUGUGGUAUGUCGCAGUCUUGGGUUCACUGGGGCACUAGGUACCACAUCGUAUUCUGAGUUUGGACCUAGUUUUGGAAACAUUCAUCUUGACAAUUUCGGAUGUGAUGGGACAGAAGCUGACGUCAUGGAAUGUUUGAGGAAUAUCUCAGAGCCUCAGCCGCAAUGCUUGUCCAGUUUUCGAGAGGCUGGCGUGAGGUGUUCAGAUUGCCGAGAUGUCCAUCCUCUGUGUAUUCCGUGGGCUAGUCAAGGAGCUUGCGAGUCUUACCCUGGAGACGUGUUGCCUGUUUGUCAGAACAGCUGUAACCAAUGCAAUAUAUUUGGCAAGAAUGAUUCGGCCCCCUCUUUGCCUCUGGAAGAUACAUGUAUUCUUGGGCAUUGCUAUGUUGAUGAGAAUAAUGCAAGUAUGUGCAUACCGGCCGUCGAUAUUUGCUUCACUAUAGGAUGGUAUCAAGGAUUAAUUUGUUUACCUACACCAGUCAAACCCGUUCCCUCAACAGUACGAUGCAUGAGUCCAGAUGAGCAUGCGCAGACAAAUCUUGCUGUUCCUGAAUUGAUAGAGGCACUAAUGGAUCCGAUAAAUGAACUGGAGUACACUACCACUGAUGUAGAUACCGAUGCAGUCAUUGCUUUAGACAGACUCGCUACACUCUUGACCAAUCUGGGAGGUCUACGUCUCCUUCCUCAACAUAUAUACGACCGUCAAAAGCAAGCCUCACUCGUAGGACUGUAUGGCUUGAAUUUACAUUACGUGGAAGACAGUGCCUUUACCGGAUUCCCAAACCUUCGUAGUCUAAUAUUAAAGGAGAACGUCAUACGAGAGAUCAAGAAAGGAGCUUUCACUGGUUUGCAUCUAUUACAGUAUUUGAAUGUUCGGCAAAAUGAGAUCUUCCUAGUGGAAAAUGGUUCAUUCGCCGAUUUAAGGAGCCUUUUGUUCAUGGAAUUCGGCUUCAACAAUUUGGUCCAAUUGCAACCUGGUGCGUUCUCCGGUUUGAUUAAUCUCAGAAGCCUGGGUCUCUCCAACAACAUGAUUCGACGGAUAGAAGAGAAACUUUUUGGCGGUAUGCAGAAUUUACAAUUUUUACAUCUUCAGUCAAACAAUAUAAGUGAUAUUGAAGUGGGAUCAUUUUCUGAUCUGCAGAAUCUUCAGUUAUUAAAUCUGUCGUCAAAUUCCAUUCAUCUUUUGAAAAAUGGGGUAUUCUCUGGACUCUCGUCUCUUCGAUACCUUGACCUGAUAAACAACCAUAUCCAGUCGAUUGAUGGCUUUACAUUUGGAAAUCUUGGGUCUCUUCAAUUUCUGUUCUUCCUCGGUACUGAAUUGGGAGCCGUGGAUUCUAACGCGCUUGCUGGCCUCGACUUGGUUGAGAAAAUGUCUACGUCUGACAAUCGUUUAUGCUGUCUUCUAGUAGAUAAUACUGACUUUACCUGCGCAAGGACAUCACAGACCAGUCCCUUGGACACCUGUAGCAGGUUAUAUCCAAACUUGGCCUUGAGGGUUUCAGGAUGGGUCAUGGGUUUAUUGGCUAUAGCUGGCAACGGCGCCGUUCUCUUUAUCCGACUCCAGGAUAGGAAAAAGAAACGGCCGAAUGUCCAGAAUACACUUAUUGCUAGCUUAGCAAUGGCAGAUAUUCUAAUGGGACUAUACAUGAUCAUUAUCACAUCUGUCGAUCUAUACUUUGGAAAUGAGUUUUAUCUUAGCGCCCCUCAGUGGCGAGGCUCUCAUCUGUGUCGGUUUGCUGGUUUCCUUGGCUUUCUUUCCAGUGAGACUUCGGUCUUAACCCUGACCUUGAUAACAGUUGAUAGGUUCAUUUGCAUCAUGUUUCCAUUUAGGCCAGACCUGAAGAUUGAGCGCAAGAGUUCAUUGAUUCUUGUCGGUGCGAUAUGGGUUUUCACCAUAAUAUUAAGUCUGAGUCUGGUAAUCAUUACAUCAUACAGACCGGAUGUGUAUGGCCUCUCCGACGUUUGCCUUGGUCUCCCUCUUCAUGUCGAAGCUGCAGACACAGGGGUGUUGGAGAUCACAGGAAAUUUCUUUUUUGAGUAUCAGGUAAAUUUCGUAGUAACAGACAACAGCUCCAGGCCCCCAUGGCUAUUUUCCCUUAUAAUUUUCAUUGGUUUGAACCUUGUUUCAUUCACUUUUAUCUUGAUCUGUUACAUAAUGAUCUUCGUCAAGACCUCAAGAUCUUCAGCGAGAGUUCGGAAAAACAGCUCCAAUAAGCGAGAGACCAGACUGGCUGUUCGUAUGGCAAUGAUUGUUGCUACUGACCUCCUUUGUUGGAUGCCUGUUAUCAUCAUGGGAAUCCUUUCGCAAACCGGCGCAGUCACCCUCCACCCUUCCCUCUAUGCCUGGACAGUGAUUCUCAUCGUCCCUAUCAAUUCAACGAUCAACCCUUUCCUAUAUACCUUCAUCAUUCACGUCGAUGACCUCAUAAAGAAACGAAGGAAGCAGAAAUAUGAAACCUAACUAAAGAUGUAACCUAUUGUUCAGGCAAUCAAGGGCUAAAGAUCCACCAUUGCCUAAGUUUGAUAUGAGUUUGAAAAUUUUUCAAGAUUUACUGCGACUUGUAAUUAUACUCUUUGCCUGGUGUUUCCUAAGAUUCAGUGAAAAAAAAAUGAAUUGACGACAAUCCAUGUGUUCCAGACCUUAGAUUGUUGAAAAUAAAUAUUUAUUUGAAUCACAACCUUAAAGGAGAGUGAAACCAUUGGAACAAGAUAGCUUGU